CACAAGGCGGCUGAAAGUUAAGAUGGAGACUUAGAAAGUCACCGGUGUUGGGCACCUGGACCAAGUCUCUCCUAGUCCCUUCCUUUGUGUACAUAGGGGAUUUCACCCUGAUUUAAUGGAAAUACUUUUAAUCUUCAAAAAAAAAAGAAAGCCACCGGUGUUGUGGACUUGAUGGUCUUUGAAGAACUCUAUAGUUCACAUUAUGCACUUCAUAUAGGAGUGGCCUUUAUUCAGCAAUGGCAGAAGUUCCUAAGCCCAGGAGACGCAGUAGCCAUGAGAUCCCAAAGCUAUUCAUCCCUGAGUUCAACUCUUUUUCUCAUUGUUAUCUCUGUAUGCUUCUCUUUGGCAAGUUCAAGAAAUCCCAACAUUCUGCCGAGAGGUUCUUCUCUAUCUGUCGAACAUGACUCGGACCUGUUAAUUUCUGCGGACAACACGUUUACCUGCGGCUUUUGUAGUGUUGGCGAAAAUGCUUACUGUUUCUCCAUUUGGUUCACCAACUCCAAAGAGAAAACGGUUGCUUGGAUGGCUAACCGUGACAAACCUGUUAAUGGGAAGGGCUCGAGAGUUUCUUUGCAGCAAGAUGGUGCCUUUGUCUUGAAAGAUGUCGAUGGCUCCACCACGUGGGAGACCAACACCAGCAGCACAGAUGUUCAGAAGGCGGAGCUUUUGGAUAAUGGAAAUCUUGUUCUUAUGGACUCAUCUGGUAAAAUUCUUUGGCAGAGCUUUGAUUUCCCUACGGAUACACUUCUUCCUCAACAACUCUUUACCAAGAGUAAGAAGUUGAUUUCUAAGUUAAGAGGAGGAAAUUAUGCUACUGGAUAUUUCCAUUUUCUUUUUGAUAAUGACAAUGUCUUGAGAUUGAUGUAUGAUGGGCCUGAUGUUUCAAGCGUGUAUUGGCCUAAUAUUGACACGAAUGUGUUUACAAAUGGGAGAACAAACUUUAACAGUACAAGAAUUGCUAUUUUAGAUGACAUGGGCAGGUUUUUCUCAAGUGAUUGGAUGCAGUUCAAUGCUUCUGACUCAGGUUCUGGGAUCAAGAGGAGGCUGACAAUGGACCACGAUGGAAACCUCAGGCUCUAUAGCUUGAAUAAUGGGACAGGAUUAUGGACCGUCUCAUGGAAAGCUGUUAUGCAACAGUGUUUAGUGCAUGGGCUUUGUGGGAGGAAUGGGAUGUGCAUCUAUGCUCCAGAACCAAAGUGCUCAUGUCCUCCAGGAUAUGAGAUGGAUGACCCAAGUAAUUGGAACAAAGGUUGCAAGCCUAGGUUCACUAGAAGCUGUUCACACUCCCAACAGGUGAGGUUCGUGAAGAUUCAACAUGCGGAUUUCUAUGGAUUUGAUUCCUCUUCCCUUACAAAUAUAUCAUUAGAAUCUUGCCAGACGAAAUGCUUGGAAGAUUGCCGGUGUCAAGCAUUUGGCUACAAGCUAUCAGGGGAUGCGAAAUGUUACAUCAAAAUUGAACUUUUCAAUGGCCACCAGUCUGCAAGUUUCCCAAGUGACAUAUAUUUAAAAUUGCCUUUGAGUAUAGAAACAUCAGAACCAAUUGUUCUCAAUGACACCAAUCGUAUAUGCAAUUCAAGUGAAUCUACAAUAACUAUAGGGGCUUCUUCUUCUAUGUAUGGAACUGGAGGUAAAAGGGUGAGAUGGGUGUAUCUAUACUCGUUUGCCUCUGUCAUUGGUGCCAUUGAAAUGCUCUUCAUAAUGUCAAGUUGGUGGCUUCUUUUCAGAAGACGUGAUGUGCACGCUGUUGUGGAGGAAGGAUAUCGUGUGAUAUCUAGUCAAUUUAUGAAGUUCACUUAUAUCGAACUCAAGAAGGCAACCAAGAACUUCAGGGAAGAGUUGGGUCAAGGAGCCUCCGGAGCUGUAUUUAAGGGUGUCUUGGAGGACGAAAGGGUGGUGGCUGUCAAGAAACUGGAAAAUGCGUAUCAAAUGGAGGAAGUUUUUCGGGCAGAAGUGAGCACAAUCGGAAAGAUCAACCACAUGAACCUUGUGAGGAUGUGGGGAUUUUGUUCAGAAUCCAGACAUAGACUCUUGGUCUAUGAGUACGUGGAAAAUAAGUCUUUGGACAAACUUCUUUUUGCAGAAAAUAUUCUUGGAUGGAAAGAGAGAUUUAAAAUUGCCCUGGGGUCAGCAAAAGGUUUGGCUUAUCUUCACCAUGAGUGCCUCGAAUGGGUUAUACACUGUGACGUGAAACCUGAAAAUAUACUUCUGGAUGGUGACUUUGAACCUAAGAUUUCAGAUUUUGGACUAGCAAAGUUGUCUCAAAGAGGCCGCAAGAAUUCUGAAUUCUCUCGAAUUCGAGGAACAAAAGGUUAUAUGGCUCCUGAGUGGGCAUUAAACCUUCCUAUCACAGCAAAAGUAGAUGUAUAUGGUUAUGGGGUCGUGAUUCUGGAGUUAGUGAAAGGCAUUCGACUCUCCAAUUGGGUGGAGGAGGAUGGCGAGGGACAGGAAACCGAGUUGACGAGAUUUGUCAGAGUAAUCAAAGGAAAAGGUCAGGGUGAAGAGACAGCCUGGAUAGAGGAUGCAGUGGACACAAGAUUGAAUGGACAAUUCAGUAGAAUCCAAGCAGCAAAAAUGAUUGAAAUUGGAAUUUCUUGUGUGGAGGAAGAUAGAAACAAGAGACCAACAAUGGAUUCCAUAGUCCAAGCUCUAAUGGAAUGUGAAGACGUUAGUCGGAUAUAAACUCCAGAGAAUGGUAGUGCCAUUUGAGUUAUAAAUCUCUUUUCUACCUUUAGUUUUACUUUUAGCUAUCAGCUACCAAUAGCUUUUGGGUUGAUGGUUGUGCAGGAGAAUUUAUAGUUGGAUGAGUGCUUUAUUGUGCUUUUUUUUUUUUUUUUUAUAUUUGCAAGUUUCCAAGAAACCUUUUUCGUUAUUAUCAUUCAAAAUUAUCAAUCAGAUAAUUUUACCCAACUUUUUAUCCAAACAUUUUCAUACUUUUGGUCUAAUUGCCAUUGCCAAUCAUUGC